GAAUUUAGUCGUAUCAUAAGAAUUUAGAUAAGAUUUACAGUAAAGAAGAUUGGCUUAAAAAUGUUUGAAAUCAAAGCUUAUAACUUUAAAAAAAAAAAAGUUUGAAACUUAUCCGAUUAAAACCAAAAUUGGAAGGAGGAGAAUUUUGACAUGAUUGUUUAAGGAAUAAACAACAAUAAUGUAAUAAAAUCUCCAUUUUUUUUAAUCCAAGGUUUGGAAUCUAACCAGAAGCAUCCGUCAAAGAUUCAUAAUUGACAUUUUUGUUAUAGUAUACUAUUAUUUGUAAAAUUUCCAACACCAGAUGAGAUCAAGGUUUUGUCUCAACGUAUUGUCUGUUUUCCAACUUGGGAUAUUCAAACAGAAGGACAAGACAAAUCAAGUUUCUCACAUUAAAAAAGUGACCCAAAGCUCUGAACUUUCCAGGAAAGUGAAGCUGUUAAAGUCACUACCUGAAAUAUCACAUUGUAGUAAUAAAGAAAGGAUACGAUAGAAGAAGAUUUUUUUUUCUUUGGUAAGAAUGACAGAAGAAGAUUGAUUAGCCUAAUGGUUGCCCUGGGGUUCCAGGAAGUUACUAUGCCAUGGAAUACAGAUGAAUACAAUCAUGGGCCAUGGAAAACUGCUUGCUCCUUCCAUCAGGACCAGGGGCGGUCUAAAAGCUAAAAGCUAAAAAAUCCAACUUGAAAAUGUAGGGUCGCCAAUUGUCCUCCAAGUACUAUUAUCUAUUAAAAAAGGUUUUUUUUUUUUUUUUGAGAAAAGAAAGGUUUCAUUUUUCAAUAGUUUUCAAUAGUUUAUGUACUUGACAGUACUGCCAUACGUUGAAAGCUACAAGGACAGAAGAAGCUGUGAAAGCUGUUGGAGAGAAGCUAAGCCACUGUCAUAAAGAAUCCAACGCCUGGCAAAACAUGGAAAUCCCGUGCAAGGCUUAUCUUCUCUGACGUGACUCCGUACAAUCUCAAGAGAGAGAGAGAAGAGCAGUACAAAACAUCGUCCCACCGUUAAUGCAUUUCUUCCCACCUUCCUGUAAAACACACGCCUGAUCGCGCGCUCGCGCACACACAAACACUCGCUCUCUCUCCCUCUCUCUCUCUAAAAAAAGUUGAAGAGGGAGGUUUGGUUUCAUGGGGAUUUGCUUAAGUGCCACAAUCAAAGCUGAGAGCCCUAGUAUCACAGGGCUGAGUUCAAAGUAUGUUAGCAAUGAUGGGAAAGAUGUGAGCAAUACAAGCAGCAUCGCCUCAUCAGUUUCAGUGCCUCCAACACCUCGGAGUGAGGGUGAGAUCUUAGAGUCCCCCAAUUUGAAAAGUUUCAGUUUUGCUGAUCUCAAAAUGGCAACCAGGAAUUUUCGUCCGGAUAGUGUGCUUGGAGUACGUGGCUUUGGCUCAGUUUUUAAGGGACGGAUUGAUGAAAAUUCAUUUACUGCUGCCAAGCCUGGAACUGGCAUAGUUAUUGCUGUGAAAAGGCUUAACCAGGAAGGGUUUCAAGGUCACAAGGAGUGGCUGGCUGUGGUGAAUUAUCUGGGACAGCUUUAUCAUCCUCAUCUUGUGAAGUUGAUUGGAUAUUGUUUGGAGGAUGAACACCGUCUGUUGGUGUAUGAAUUCAUGCCUCGUGGCAGCUUGGAGAAUCAUUUAUUCAGGAGAGGUUCUUAUUUCCAGCCUCUUUCUUGGAGCCUUCGCUUGAAGGUUGCCCUUGGUGCUGCAAAGGGGCUUACCUUUCUUCACAAUGCUGAAACAAAAGUGAUAUAUCGAGACUUUAAGACUUCAAACAUCUUGCUUGAUUCAAACUACAAUGCAAAGCUUUGUGAUUUUGGGUUGGCCAAAGAUGGGCCAACAGGUGACCAGAGCCAUGUUUCUACCAGGGUCAUGAGGACCUACGGAUAUGCUGCUCCAGAGUAUCUAGCCACAGGUCAUCUUACUGCCAGGAGUGAUGUCUACAGUUUUGGAGUUGUGCUACUAGAGAUGUUAUCUGGCCGCAGAGCAGUUGACAAGAAUCGACCGACUGGAGAACAUAACCUGGUGGAAUGGGCCAAACCUUACCUGGCCAACAAACGUAAAAUGUUCCGUGUCCUAGAUAACCGCCUUGAAGGCCAGUAUUCAAUGGAAGGAGCCUAUAACGCUGCUACCCUUGCUUUGCGAUGCCUGUCCACCGAAGCCAAGUUCAGACCAAGCAUGAAUGAGGUUGUAACAGCAUUAGAGCAGCUCCAGGAUUCCAGUGAAUCUGGGAGUAAUCAGAGCAAUACGAGCAGCACAUCCCUGAUAUGUGGGCGAAGUGCAGAUGAUGCUAGUGGUGGAAGGAGUACUGCUGCAUACCCUGGGCCAUCUGCUUCCCCUCAUUGUUCCUGAGAAUGGAAUCAAGGCACUCAACAAAAGCUGCUUUCCAAUGGAAGUGUAUGCAGGAGGUGGUUUGGUAACAAUCUCUGGAACUCAGGCAUUCACUUUUGUAUACCCUGUGAUUGUACAGUUCUUGUUUUAGCUGAUGUACUCAAAACCAAUCUUCCCUUGACACAAUUGCAAGUUCAAACCCAUAACAAGGGGAAUGUAUGCAAUGCAGUAUUUCUUUUGAGAUUACCAAGUAUUUGUAAC